AUGAUAGAGCCCGCAGUGAAUGGAACGAAGAAUGUGAUUGUUGCGGCGGCAGAAGCCAAGGUUAAAAGGGUUGUGUUCACGUCGUCAAUUGGUACAGUGUACAUGAACCCCACCAGGGGCCCUGAUGUGAUGGUCGAUGAGUCUUGUUGGAGUAACCUUGAAUAUUGCAAGAACACCAAGAACUGGUACUGCUAUGCGAAAACAGUGGCAGAGCAGACAGCUUGGGAAGAGGCCAAGGAGAAAGGGGUGGAUUUGGUGGUGGUGAACCCAGUUUUGGUGCUCGGACCACUUCUCCAACCAACCGUCAACGCUAGCAUCAUCCACAUCCUCAAGUACCUCAAAGGCUCUGCCAAGACUUAUGCCAAUUCUGUGCAGGCCUAUGUGCAUGUUAGGGACGUGGCUCUGGCCCACAUUCUGGUGUAUGAAACUCCAUCUGCCUCUGGAAGGUACCUUUGUGGUGGGAGUGUACUUCACCGUGGAGACGUGGUGGAAAUCCUAGCCACGUUCUUCCCAGAAUACCCAAUUCCCACCAGGUGCUCGGAUGAAGUCAAACCAAGAGUAAAACCAUACAAGUUGACAACCCAGAAGCUACAAGACUUGGGCGCGGAGUUCACUCCAGUGAAACAGUGCCUAUAUGAAACUGUCAAGAGCUUGCAGGAGAAGGGCCACCUUCCAGUGCCUAAACCACAAGAAGUUCCAUUAAAAUUCAAUCUUAAAAAAUCUUGUCUUUAGUGCGGAAAU